GUAGAGUGAACAUGUAUGUCUGAACUGCCUAUAUAUAUUUGGGGAGGAAAUUUUUUUCGGAUCAGUUUUUCAAAAGCCAUAAUAAUAGAAAGAUAAUAAGUGACCAAAUACAUACAUUUCUUAUCACAAGAUAACAGUAUGAGCGAAGCAUUCAAAGUGCUCGAAAGUCCUGAGCUAGGACGAUACGGUGUAGCAACGAAGGAUCUGACAGCUGGCGAAAUUAUUUUGGAGGAAACACCUUUCGCGAUUGGGCCUAAAGUGGACAGUUCUCCAAUAUGUUUGGAAUGUGCAUGCCCAGUGGAUGGAGGAGUGAGCGGUCAAAAAUGCUCCGAGUGCGGUUGGCCACUAUGUGAAGAAUGUAGUGCUAAUAGGGACGAAAUUGUGUAUCACAAGAAGGAAUGUGAACUAUUUGUGAAGAAUAAGGUCAAGUUCCUAAAUGUUGAAGAUUCAACUGCCAGUUGUUUGCAGCUGGAUUGCAUAACACCAUUGAGAGUGCUAUUGGCAAAGGAAGACCACCCGGAACGGUGGAAUGCGGAAAUCAGUGUGAUGGAGUACCACCAUGAUGCACGAAAGGAUGAUGCGAUAUGGAAACAUGACCAGCAGAAUAUUGUUGGCUACUUGCGUGGCCCAUGUGGACUGAAGGAUCGCUUCCCAGAAGAGUUGAUUCAACAGGUGAUAGGCAUUCUUGAGGUGAACGCAUUUGAAGCGCGGACACGCAAUGGCUACGGUGUGCGAGGUCUAUAUCCGAAGUUGGCCAUCAUGGCGCAUUCCUGUGUGCCUAACGUAACACAUUCGAUUCAUCCCAGCAACGAUUACAGAUUAAUUGCAAGAACGGCAAUCGACGUUGCAGAGGGUGAAAAACUAUACACCACCUACACAUACACGCUUAACGGAACCAGCGUGCGACAGGCUGCUUUAAAGCAUGGCAAAUUCUUCUCCUGUCGAUGUGCACGCUGUCUGGAUCCAACCGAAAUUGGCACCCAUUUCAGUUCACUGAAAUGUCAGAAAUGUGAUAAUGGCUUAAUCGAGUCCAGUGAUCCUUUGGAUGAUGAAGCUGAUUGGAAGUGUACACACUGUGAAUUCAAAAUAAAGGGAGCUGCCGUUCAGAGAGCCGCCCAAGUGAUGCAAGCCGAACUAGAUGAACUGGCUUACAUGGAGUACGGAUCGGAAAGACUAGAGGCCUUUGAGAGGGUUUAUAAGAAGUACCGAAGCAUUCUUCAUCCGUUACAUUACAUCAAUAUAUCUAUCCGUCAAAGUCUGAUUGAACUGUACGGUAGAGUACCGGGAUAUGAAAUGCAAGAACUUCCGGAUAUUUUGUUGGAACGUAAAAUUGAAUUGUGUCGAGAUAUUCUGCGGGUAUUGAACAUAUUUGAGCCAGGGAAAACUCGAUCCCGGGCAAUGAUCUUAUACGAGCUGCAUGGACCGAUCGUAAUGCUUUCGCAGUCCAAGUACCGUCAAGGCGUGCUAGAUGGAGAUCCACUGAAGGAAAAGCUCAGGGAAGCAGCCCUUAUGUUGGAAGAAUGUGCAAAAAUACUGGAAUGGGAAGAUCCUUCAUCUCCGGAGGGUAUUCUAGCAAAUGUGGCAAAACAGUCACUUGAGCAGUUGAAACAGAGUAUUCAAGUGUUGUAGUGUAGU